AUGUACCCAGUCCUAGCACAGCCGCCGUGCACGGAGGAGUGCCAACAGAACCUGCAAUUUGGAUCGUUUGACCCCUCGCGGUCAUCGAGCUACAAGUCGCUCGAAGACGGACCCGAUGCUUGGGGGAGUGAGAUGUAUUGGUAUCAAGAGGGCUUGGAAACCCUGACGAUUGACAGAAAGCAGGCGGAGGGGCUCAGGUUCCGGCUCGUUCCUCUCGCCGAUGAGUUUUCAGCUGUUUCCUCUUCUUUCAGUGCGUGGAACACGCCCGCGACCAGCGACGCAGGAAUCCUACUUGGCGGAAUCAACACGGCCAAGUACCACGGGCCCCUUCACUGUUUCCCCAUGGGCCUGCGCCCCGCGGGACUGGGGCCCCAGGUGAUCCUACCCGUCAGCGGAAUCGAGGUCCAGCUCGGAAACGGCCCCUCUGUAAGCGACACGCCACUCAGCUACGACUUCCCCGAAGGCCCCUUUAGCGUCCGCACCGCGGACAAGAGGAACACCGUAACCUCGGUCCCGCGCGAUGUCAUCAUGCAGCUAUACCAGGAUCUGGAGAUUGAAUGGGAUAGUUUCUAUAGCCGGACUCUGAUCCCCUGCUCGCGACGGACGGAGAACCACAUCCUCACAUUCGCCAUUGGAAACACGACUAUCUCCACGCCCUGGGCGGCGUUCAUCUCCGACGCCGACUUCAGCUCGGACCCGAGCGAUAUGUGCUCGUUUGACAUCCACCCCAUGGACGAAGAAAACAGUGACAACUUGACCGGCGAGCUAGGCUUGAACAUCGUCCAACAUAUGUACCUUGUCGUCGACCACGACACGGAAAUGGCGUGCGUCGCCCCGCUGAAUCCGAAUCCUGGACCAGAUGAGAUUCUGGAAAUUGGACCGCAGCUUCGUGUUCCAGAUGCUGUUGGCGAGUUUCCGAGCACUGUAACGAGGUACGCGCCUCCGACUCCGUUGGUUACUACGGUGGAUUCAAUGCAAGGUGCUGUCAGGACGGCUGUUCCAGCUGUGGCUGUGGCUGGCAUUGCAGGGUUGGCAUUUGUGCUGUGA